AUGCAGUAUGAUUACCUAGGCAAUCGGCACACACUGGAUCUCACGCAUGUACAGUAUAGUCUAGAUGAUCCAUGGGGCCCAUACUGGGCUAUUGUGACACUUUCGCCGGUGUUGAUACUCGCUGUCUAUAUCGCAGCAUUCCUGCAGCGUCGUGAGACAAUUUAUGUCAACGUUUUUUUGGGACAAGUAUUGUGCGAGGCAGUCAAUUCUCGUCUCAAAAAGCAUAUCCAACAACCUCGUCCAACGAACAUUCUUGGGACGGGCUAUGGCAUGCCGUCAUCACACGCUCAGUUCUGUGGCUUUUUUUGCGCUUUCUGGGGCAUUCAUAUUCUCGCACAUUGGCCGAAACACCGUGCUCGACUAGCCCGUGGACUCUACCUAAGGCAGUUCGAGCAGUUCUUAUCGCUUGUUUUCAUUAUUCUCCUGACUGUUCUGACGUGUUACUCGCGGCAUCGUCUCAUGUACCACUCUCCUGCGCAGAUCCAUGUCGGACUGUCGACCGGCCUAGCGAUUGGUGCUCUAUACUACAUGCUCACGGAGUACUUACUUCGCACAUCUUCCAUCUUGACCAGAUGCCGCGUGGCAUUUUACCGAAGUCUCCCGAGUCGGCUUCUGCGGCUGCGUGAUGACUGGAUCGUGUGGCCACAAGGUCCUGCGGAAGAAACAUACACAUGCUGGCUGCAUUCACUCAACAAGCCUGUAACAAAGGACCAUGCUGUGGAUGCAUCGCAUCCUGCCCACCUCCGCAUGCUCUUACUGGCUUUACAAGAAGCAGAUCACUGUGACUCGGUCCCCACCGCCUUUUCGGUGGGGUGUGUGAUUGCUGUAAAUGGAACCGAGCUCUGUCGUGAACUUCCUGAGGUUGACGAGCCCAUGGAGCCGCUUCUGUUGACGACUGGCUACUCACGCGAACUGCCUGGUAAUACACAUGCAGAGGAAUGUGCAAUGGAGAAAAUCGCACGCCAUUGUGCACGGACGCCACAUGUAUACAAUAUAGCGGAAGCGCGCCAACGGGAGCCCUUGGAACUUGUUCUUUACACGACAAUGGAGCCAUGCUCUGAGCGACUGAGUGGGAAUUUGCCAUGCGCACAGCGAAUUCAAGCAUUCAAUCAAAAGGCUCCAAUGACAUCUGCGUUUUGGCUUGCGAAAAUUGCACAAGACGCGAAUGGGGCCGUUUUGCGCACAGAUCUCGACACGACACUACGUCCCUUGCGUAUCUCACUUGUGAUUCAGGGCGUGCGCGAGCCGGACGACUUUGUAAAAUGUCAGUCUUCACGGAUUCUGCGCUCAGCCGGCAUCGAUGUCCUGUCUGCAAGCCCAGAUGGUUCGCCAUCAGCCUUGGGUCUUACCUGCCCGAAUCUGAGCUCCAUCCCCAUUCGCGUGAUGGCCAAUAAUCCAAAGGCAUGGCUGGAGGAUGCGUGCUUGCGCAUGGCACGCAAGGGACACGCUGCCUCAGACGACUCUUCGCCGGCUACGUAG